CUCCGCCGCCUGCUGGAAUCGACGUCCCUCGGCUCAGUCUACACACACGAGCGCGCGCUGCUCGUACACACCGACGAGCCGGAGAGAGUGAGAGAGAGAGAGAGAGACGGAGCGAGCAGGCAGCAGCAGUCGGAGAGAACCCGGGGACCUCAGUUCUGCCUCGACGCUGGCUGCUUCCUUAUCGCGUGCGCCACCGAGAGCUUUACAGUAGUGCACAGUGCGUACAUAAUACCGACCUCCGCACGCAGAACUUGGCUCGUGCAGUGUGAGUGUCCAAUGCGAUUCAGCCUAUACAUAUAUAGCUGUAUUCACGAGUGUGUCGAUCUCGCAGUAAACCGACGAUCGUGGAAAAAUUUCGGGGAGUGCAGCGACGACGGUGAAAUUCUCCGAAGAGAGAGAGAGAGAGAGAGAGAGAGAGGGAGAGCGCGAGACGUCCAAGUUUGAAAGCUCGUGCACGCCUGCGCCGAGCCACGGGCGACGAUUCGCUCCCGAGGACGCCUCUCUCAGCGCAGUGUGCCUGUAUAAGUAUAGCUACCUAGUGCGCGUGUACCGGAGGAGGACCGCGAGAGGAGAGGAGAGACGGAAGGCGAGGCCCGAGCUCCUCGAGCUUAUACUCGCUAAUAUACGUGAAAUACACGGCUGUGCGCGGUGUCGCAGAAGAGAAGUUGUCCGGAGUGCGCCAGGAACGACCGAGACGGCUGUCCAGCCGCGCUGCCGCUGCCAGCGCCGCGUGAGAGGGAGACAGGGGGAGAGAGAGAGAGCACCGCGAACCCCUCGGAACUAGUCCCGGCGUUGGAUAAACUGUCCCCAUGGUCCGACGCCCGGUGUGCCUAGAGCCGUCGCUAUCCUAGACUGGAGAGUACAUAGCUUCUCUCACUCUCUCUCCCCUGCGCUCCCUCGGCCCGGGGCGGGUUUAAAGAGCCAGCUGUGUGUGCCGGCGCGCGCGCGACUGUCCCGGAUCGACCGGAAGGAGAAGCAGCAGCAGCCCGAGGGAGAGAAAGACAGGCCGAGCCAACGAGAGCGGGAGAGAGAGAGAGAGAGAGCGAGGAGGCGGUUGCCUGUCGCGCGCAUCGAUCGGCGCCGAUCGCCCGGCACUCUGCAAGCACCUAUAUAGCCGCACGGAGAGACGGAGCGACAGCAGACCCGCCUCUCGUCCGGCAUGAGAAAUUCUCCGCACGCUGUCCAGCCCCGCCGCUGCUGAGACGCGCGACUGCUGCAGUCCAGCCCCGGCAGCUCUCGCGGAAGCACCCGUACACUCACACACACACACACGCGCGGAUAACCUGGCAAACAUGGCCGCAGCCUGCUACGAGCGCAAGAUCGUAGGCGAGGUCCUCAUGCAGGCCUGCAACGUCAAGCCCACACAGCAGCAGCAGCAGCAGCAGCAACAGCAGCAGCAGCAGCAGCAGCAGCAGCAGCUCAACGCCAGCAGCCUGCUGCAGGACUACAACGAGCUCCAGCUGACGCGCGACUCGGUGCUGAACGUCGUCGCGGCGGCUGCCGCAGCCGCAGCCGCAGCCUCGAGCGCCUCCAGUCCGGCCGCGGUGCUCAGCUCGCUGUCGCCGGUGGGCCUGCCCACCCCCCUACCCAGCGGCUCCGGGAACAGCGGCACCGGCUGCCUGUCGGCGCCCACGCCCGCCUACAAGGACUACUCGCAGCCGCUCCACGUCGACUGCAGCGUCGAGUACGAGCUGCCCAGCCAGGCGAAGCCGCCGCCGGGCAACGGGGAGCCUCUCCUCAUGAUCCACCCGUGCUACUACCGCAGGGCCGAGCGCGAGAGGAGGACCCUCUUCGUGAACAACCUCCCGCCGCGCUCCAGCUCCUCGUCGUCCUCCUCGUCCUCCUCGAGGCGCAGCUCCAGGAGCAGAGCCGCCAACACGGCCGCCGUCGCCGCGGUCGUCACGUCCAGCAGUCAGCAGGCGGCCGCCGGCCAGCAGAUGGUGCCGAGCAACCCAGUGAUGCCCGUCGCCGCGGCGGCCAUCGCCUCGAGCACGCACCAGCAGCAGCAGCACAUGGGGGCCAGUGCGCCGGUGGCCAUCGUCGCGCCCAUGCACGUGAACAACACCCAUACCGCGAUGCUGCCCUCGCCCUCGCUCGCCUCCACCGACGUGCUCAACGCCCCGGCGGCCGUCGCAGCGGCCGCGGCAGCGACCUACCACGCCGCGCUCACCGCCGCCCUGGGCACCAACGAGCCCAAGCAGCAGCCACAGCAGCAGCAGCAGCAGCAGACCAAGUCCAGCGAACUCGACGACAAGGUCCUCGCUGCCGCCGGCCUCUACCCGCAGUACUUCCACAACGUGCAGCAGCAGCAGCAGCAGCCGCAGCCGAGGCAGCAGCAGAGGCACCACAGCCGCCAGCCAGGCGCCAUCAUCCACCAGGCCUACCCGAAUCAGCAGCAGCAGCAGCAGCAGCAACCGCAGCAGCAGCAGCAGCAGCAGCAGCAAAUUCAGCAGCCCCAGCCGACGUCCUACGGCAUGGCGAUGAUGGCCGGCGGCGGAACGUCCGGCUCGCAGAGCAGCAGACACCACCAGCAGACGAUCGUCGGCUCGACGGCCACCCCGACCAUCCUGGGACACCACCCGUACCGACGCUCGAGCGCCGCGGGCGUGAGCGGCUCGUCCAGCGGCUCCCGGAGCCUCAAGCAGUCCAGCUCGUCCUCGUCAUCGACCGGCUGCAGCUCCGGCUCGUCCAUGCAGUCGUCUGCUCUGCCGACCGGUUCCGCCUCCUCGUACAUGGCCGCCGCGGCAGCAGCGGCGGCGGCGGCCGCGGCCAACAACGUCUACGCGAACGCCCUCCAGAGGCACCAUCACCACCACCACCACCACCACGCCAUCCACGCGCUCCAGGCCGCCCACAGCGGCUUCUACGAGGCGCCGGUCUAUCACGCUCUUCUACCUCAAAGCUAAGGGACGUCACCGUGGCCAUCGUCCGCAGCUACGACUACUACUACUACUACUAUUAUCGCUACUACUACUACUACUACUACUACUACUACUAUAGCCACUAGUACUACUACUACCGCUACAAUUACUAUUACCAUUAUUAUCGCAAGUACUACUACUACAACUACGACUACGGCAGCAGGAGGAACGACAGCAUCACCGGCAGACGUUGCGGUUUACAACCCCUUUUGUUCUUCUUCUUCUUCUUCUUCUUCUUCUACCUUUAUCAUUAUUAUUCUUUCGUUGUUGUAUCAUUGUUACCGGGUUGCUUUCCUUCCUCGUCGCCGCUGCUGCUGCUGCUGCAGCCCAUUGUACACAGCGCCGUUGUCGUACGGUCACGCGAGCGCCGCCGGAAUGAAAAUAUCUAGUCGCGACGCGAUCCUCGCUCGCAGAUAAAAAAAGCAAUUAGGGCCCGAAAAAUGUAAGAAAAAAAAAAAUAAUAACUAGCGCGCACCCCGUAUGUAAUCCCGCGAGCGAGCGAGCGCACAUUCGAGAGCGGUCCGCGGUAAUUACCGAGGCUCCCCUCUACACCGAACGAACGAACGAAAGAAUAUAAACUCGAGCGCCCAGCACUCGCCCCCCAUUAUCGUCGCAUUAUACAUGCCGUAUUAUACGCGCCGCGCUGAUUUCACGGGCCUCGCUCUCUCUCUCUCUCUCUCUCAGCGGCAACCGCAUUUUUCUAUAUCUAUAUAUAUACUGUAAGCUACACACGGGAGAGAGAGAGAGAGCGGGCGCCCUCCGGGCAGCGUUAUAUGCGGGCCCCGUCGCGGCCGAUUAUUCCUCCUUCGGCCGCCUGUACACACGGCUGCUGCUCUUGUUUCGGAGAGCUGCAGGCGAAUUUAUCGGGAGAGGACGGAGGAGAAUUAAUCGACGCCGUCGGCCCCACCAUCUCUCGCUCGCUCUCUAUGUGUAUCGGCUGUUCCAGAAUCGCAGAAUUGAGUCUUUCGCGUAUGCUAGCGUCGGGAGCUUCCAAUUCUCUCUUCUUCUUCUUCUUCUUCUUCUUUUUUUUCAAUUCUUCCUCCUCGGCUACGGAUCAAUGUGCAGCCUCGCGCAUCGUAUUACGUUAUGCGUAUGCGGAGAGUCGCUCUCUCUCUCUUUCUCCCGUGUAUAGAUAUAUUCGCGAGCGCGCCGAAAUAGCCGAGGACGAAAAUUGGAAGCUUCUGGCGCGGCGAGAGGGGCUUUUUCCAAAUCCGCUGCGCUCGGCUCGACUUUUUUCCCUGCGCAGCGUCGCGUUGAGAAGAAACAGCACAGCGCACGAACUGACAAAAAGCGUCGCACGGCUAUAUUUUCAGAGUUGCGUCGCGCGUUGAAUAAUUUAUCGCCGCUUAUCUCGGGCCUCUGCUGCUGCUGCUGCUGUAGCGGAAUCGUUUCUCACUGCAGCCCCGAAUCCACCGCGAGCGUAAAUCACGCGCGUAAUAAGAGCGAGUUGUGUUCUGCGUAUUUUUUUAUUAUAAUUUGUCGCGCGGCGAGUCUGCGCGUGUGCUUUCGGAAAUUUCGGAUAAUCAUUAUUAUUCGCGGGGGACGAGUCUUCGGUCAUAUUGUGAUACAGCAAGUGCAUACGUGUGUGUGAGUUGCUUUUCCUUCUCGGCGCAAUCGAUGUGUGUAAGCGCGAUGAUGGAUAACACGCGCGGAGCCGUCGCUUCUUUUUUCCGCCAGCGACUCUUCGUUCUAGUUCGCGCUCUAGUCGUUAACGAUAUACAAAGUGAAAUAGAUUCUAUAGAUUGAUAGUCUUCUCUCUGCAGCCCUCGAAUAUGUGUAAUACACACACGGCAGCCUCUCGAUCGAUCGGCGCGCGCUGUUUGUAUACAGUAUUUUUCUUUCGGCGAUCCGCGUUUCUUCCAAAUAUUUAUGUGCUCCGGCGACUUGAAUUGUAACUUAUUUUUCUCGAGGGAACAAUCGACGCGCCCGCUCCACCCUGUGCGCAUAUGUAUAUAGAUAUAGAGAGAGAGAGAGAGAGAGAGCGAAUUUUUCGGCUUUGUUGCGACACGAGACGCGACUGUACAUUAGAAGGAGAGCUGCUCUCUCGGCGCAAGGAUUUUUAACACAAUGGCCCUGCGCGAUUCCGACGAGAGAUUCGCUCUCGCUUCCAUAUACUAUAUACUCACACAACCCGUACUGUUUUGUUGUUGUAUAUAGUGGCCUAUAGCCUAGUGGUACGUAGCGCGCGAAUGGAUUAUACGUGUAUUUUUGAAACGAAUGCGAAUAAGUGAGCGAGAUCAAUUGUAAAUAUGUAUACGUGUAUAUGCGAGAGAGGUGAAUAAGAAGCGAAGAAAAAAAAAAACAAAGUACGCGAAACGCGCGUCCAUGUACAUAGAUCGUAGCGGUCGUUAUAAUUUCGAAGGAAACGCGCGCAUCACAAGUGAUUAAUUAUUUUUUUUUUCCCUCUUGUUUCCGCAUGCUACGAGCGAUUGUUUUACACGUCGUCAUCAUUAUUAUUAUUAUUAUUAUUAUUAUUAUAAUUUAUUUAUUAGUUGACGAAUAAAUUUUUUAUACCUCAAACAAAAAGAGACUAGCAAGUUCUUACGUGCGUUCUUUAUUUAUUUGUCAUUGUACAUUAUACAUACACACAUAAUACUCGCAUACUCAUGCAUUCCACGUAUAUUUUUCUCAAAAUUCCGAUCUCCCGAAGCGGCCCGCGCACGCGCGUGUAUACGCACGCGAAGAGAUUAGAUUUUCAGCCUUGUUAAGAAUAUGAAAUUCUACUCGUCGCCGCGGCGCCGAGAAAAGAUUCCGGGAGAUUAUAACGAGCCCAAGAGAGAAAGAGCGGAAGAUUAAUGGAGGGAGACGCGCGGCUUUACUAACAUUGAAGUAACGCUCCGAAAUCGUCCGUGCAUGCGCAGCUAGAGCGUUGAAGAGAAAAAAAGGACGAUCCUUUCGUGAUUAAUUUUCGCGCGUUGCAAGCUUCGAUCGUCGAGGUACAGAAGAGCUUUUAUCGCGCGACGUAUCACAAUCCCCCGCGGCGGUUUCGAAACCCGCCGAAAUUCAAAAGUAGACGAGCGCUCGCUUAUUAAAUUCCGAACGUUAUUGACCAGAGGCACGCACGAAAUCGCGCAUAAUUACGCGCAUAGUUACACGCUCGGCUCUCCCCCCCUCUCUCUCUCUCUCUCUCUGUCUCGUCUGUAAACGCAUAUUCGGCCGCGUAAUUAUUCCGACCGGACCUAAGACAUAUAUAUAUACAUACAUAUCGAUAUGCGCAGCGCAUACCGACGUCUUUGAUUAUAUACGCAUAUAUACAUCCCCGAAUUUUUAAUCGUCGCGCUCGCUAUUCAUUUGUACACUUCGUAAUUAUCGCUCAAGUCGGAUUAAAGCAAGCUCUUUGCGCUCGCGCGUCUAAUUAGUCAUUUAUUAAACCGGCGCUGAUAAAUUCAAGAGCUGACUACAUUAUUCAUCGGCGAAUGGAAUAACAAUGACGGUCGAUAUUUUAUUUAAAGCGGCGCGGACGAGUCUCGGCGAUAACGCGAUUUCGUAUGACGCUGCGGAAUCCGCCGCCGCGGCGUUAGAGAGAGAGAGAGAGAGAAACUCGUUCGUGAGUAAGUAUAAGUAUAUAUGUGUGUACACGGCCUCGGGGCGCGACUCUUUACAUUUCAUACGCGCGCGUGUGUAUAUAGCCGUUUCGAAAAAUUGCCGACGAGCCAGCCAGGCUUAGAGAGAGAGAGAAGACCCUUAAAAGUGCUGAGGCGGAAUUUCGAGAGACGCGAGCUGCCUCGUCCAUUAUCGCCGAAGGCCAUUGUGUGUGCGGUUGGCGUUAGAGGCUCUCUCUUCUCUGGCCGUGGAAAAAAAUUUUUUUUUUCUUCCGACGAGGCUUGUCCAGCGAGUUAGAGAGAGAGAGAGAGAGAGUGGUGGAAGCUUCUUUGUUUUCCGCUGCGGUCGGGGCUGGUUUUCGGUUUCUUCUUAGUCGACCUCGUUUUCAUUCCGCAUACGCUGAUGGCUCCGAUGAAAAUUUAUAACGUUUUCGCAACGAUACUUCCUCGACUGACGUUUCCAAGACUCUCAUCCAUAGUUGCCAAACUCCGAAUCGUGUAUGUGUCCCUCGUAUGGACUGUGUAUUCCUAUACGUAUAUAUUAAGCGCAUCCUACAGUAAUGCAUAGACGCAAUCUCUUCCGCGACACACUCACACACACACACACACACACACACAGCUUUAAUAAUAUACAGAACGAUAACGCGAACUGCCUCAUUAAACUAUUGUAGUCGUACAUAUAGCGAAGUAGUCUAGUAUAUACACGUAGCAGUGCACUCACGUAACGACUGUAUAAGCAGUGUGAAGGAAAACCUAUAGGUAUGCAAAAAUAAAGAAGAAGGAGUAGAAGAAGAUGCAAAACCGCUGAACUAAAAGAGAUCGUAAAGCAUCCGCUUGUGGCUUCUCUCGUCGUCGUCGUCGCGCAUGUAACGCGCGCGACACCGAAACUACAUUAUACACUUACACUACUACGAUAAUAUAUUUUGCAACGAUUCUUCCUCUCUCGCGACUGUAACGCGUGUGGGUGUAUAGUAUUUUCUUUUGUCCGUAUAAAAUAUUCGUACAAGGCGAAGUUUCAGGGCUGUUUAGGACACGUAUUAACACGCGGUACAUUACGGGUAUGAAGCGUGCCUAUUUAUAUACCUAUAAAUAUAUAUCCUACAGGCGCGUGUUAAAGGCUUCCUAGUAGCACAUUUUAUCCUCCUAUACCUGCUAACCACUACUACACACGAUUAUUAUUCGCCUAAUGGCAAUAACUCGCUCUCUAUAUCUCUCUCGGAAAAAAAAAAAAAAAAAACAAAUCUAGGACUUCAGCUAGCUGCUCUGUACUCGCGCGCUUGCGAUUUUUCAAAGUCUUCAUCUUUUUAAGACUAGCGCGCUGAACGUAUACGUUGGCCGUAAUAGGAUUCAACCGGCGCGGCGGUAAGAAGAUUUGACCUGCGACAGUUUCCUCUUUCGAUGAUCCAUUUAAAUUUCGGUCUCACUUUUGAUCUCCCACGCCGAGGCAUUCCCGAUGCGUCCGCGGAACGAGAGAAAAAAAUCAAAUCUCUCCCCCGUCGCUAUGCAAAAAAGCCGAGGCGCACAGCUGUGUGCGCGGGGGGGAAAUUCGCGAUGUAGAGAGAGAACUUUGAAAAUGCCCCGCCGGCUCGUAAAAGCUAGCCGGUGUAAUUUCUCUCCCUUCCAUAUGGCGCUCGCUCGCUCGCAGCAAUUGCCGAGGAUGAUAGGCGCUUUCCUCCCCCCUCUCUCUCUCUCUCUCUCUCUCUCUCUCGCGCGGGGGGAAAAUCAAUGGGGGCGAGAGAGGAAGGAGUCGACGGGCCCCGUGGAGCGCGACUUGCUUCUUCUUUCGAGCGUUAUUUCGUGUAAGGUUGUUUUUUUUUUUUAUUUCAAUAAAUUCAAUACACUCGAGAUUUGAAAAACGACGAAAAACGCGCUCGAUUGCGCCAGCGAACCGCAACUUCCUCGUGCGCUCUUUUUUCUUCUCUCUUUCCUCUGAAACACGAAUAUAACGCUGCAGCCGGAGCUCGUUCGAGCACUCGGGGCCGUCGGACUUGAUUAGAUUCUAACUCGAGUCAUUAAGAGACGGAAGAAGCGCAGAGACAAUUGAUCGCAAUUUCAUAGGACUCGAGCCAACUCUCUUACAGCGUGUCUGUAUACAAUAUCUCGCGUAUUGAAGCGCUUGCACCGACGAAUAUUGACGCUUAGCUGUUGGAUUUUUCGCGUGAUCUUCCCGGAAAGAUGCGCGCGGAGAUCCCGCACAAAGGAGAAACCGCGCGCGGUCGAUCCGGACGCGCUAAUUACCCUCGCACACACACACAUGCGCAGUGCAUCAUCCGCCGCGGAAAAAUUAGGCUCGCUAAACGACGCCGUAAUUUUCGUUAAUAAAGCGACGAACGGCCGGUUGCACAAUGCGCAUCUCUCUCUCGCGUGAAAUUUUAUUAAAGCGCUUUGGAGGGGAUAAAAACGCAUAGAAUAUCAUAAAAGCCAUACAGAGAGCUGCACGUGUCCGGACGCGCGAGACGGCGUUAGGUAACGUUUCCCGGGGCCCCGAUUGUAAAAAAAGAGACGAGAGAGAGAGAGAGAGAGAGCGUGGAGAAGUAGGAUAAGUCCCGGGAGUCCUUGGAGCCUUAGUGGGAUAUACGAGCCGCGUGUAUAUUCCCAUUUUUCUUCGUCCGCGCCUCCGAAAUUCUCUGCCUCUGUCUCCGCGCGCGUGUAAUUAUAACGUUACGCGAUUCUGAUUACGGGAGCAUAAAUUAGCGAGACGCGCAAGCACUGCAUAUAUUGAUUUUGUCUGCCACACACACACGCGCGCGCGCUCGUCCAAGAGCUCUCUGCAGCGUCUAUAUCUGUGUUAUCGUUGCGCGCACGUAGACGGCUCGCGGUGCAUAAGCGCCAUCCUCUCUCUCUCUCUCUAUGUGUAUACCUAUGUCCAAUUAUAUGCCCGAGCGUUACACACGGGCCCGGUAUUCAGCCAGGGCUAAUAACUCGAUUUGCAUUAAUUAAACAUCCUCCCGUAAACGCGCGCGGAGAGCAUAGUCUUUCUUCGCGAUGCACUUUCAAAAGCAGCCUCUAGUCGGCCUAGACUUAGCUACAUCAGGGCCGACGGCGAAAAUUCCUGUCAAGGCUCUCUCUCUCUCUCUCUCUCUCGAUGACUGACUGACUCGAUUUCCCGUUUAAGGAACGGCAUAUCGCGCCGCUCGUCGAAAAAGCGCGACGAAGGAUCCGUAGAGCGUUUCGCCGCGCCCCGAAAAAGCUACGAGGGGAAUGGAGAGAGAAAAAAAAAUUAUACUUUCGACGCUGAAAAUCUAGUCCGAGAUCGAAGGGAAAAAAAGUGUGUCGCUUUCGGCGCGACUACUCGGCCGUGUAACAGCUUUUGUGUGUACUGUAGUGCAGCACACGAUUGAAACGCUCUUUUAAUGAAAUAAAUAUCGCGUGAAAAUACAACAGCAGCAGUAGCAAUAUCGACGCAUCAUAAAAUAUGUACAAAGGCCGACGAGAUAUCUCGUACACUUCUUACAUUUCCACAUUCCCUGCGUUACACGCGCUGCUCUUCUUUUUUUUUUUUAUUUCAUCCUCGCUGAUGCACACACGGAGAGUCGAGCGUAUAUUACAGAGAGGAUCCAAGCCGACUCGGAAAAAAAGAGCCCGGUCGUACCACAUCCGCUGAUCCGCUUCCUCUUCUCUCUCUGUGUCCGUCUCUGUCUAUACCUGUAUGUGUGUGUGUGUGUGCAUGACUCGCUGCGCGAACGAUUUUAUUUUUAUCCCUCUCUUUCGUUUUGUCCUCGAAAAAGCUUCAAAGGUGAGAAACGAUUCUAAAGCGCCCGCAUAUGUGCGUAAUUGCGAUGUGACAUGCGAUGCUGUGUGCAUGCUCUCUCGUUGAAAAGAAAGCCGAGAGAGCGUUUUUUCUUGUGUGUGAGCGAAAAAAAACCAGUUCAGUUGUUGUUUUUUUUUUUUUUAUUUUGGCGAGUGAGUGGGGAAAAUAUUUAAGAAAGAGAGAAAAUAAAAUAAUACCAACGCAUUUUGUAAGAUAACACGUACAAGCCUAGUGUGAUACAUUUUUACGCUUAUCGUUCUUCGACUGUAGCGGCUAAUUCUCUUUAGCGAAUGAACAAGAGAAUAAUAAUAACGACGAUGCGAAUAUUUAUUAUUAUUAUUAUUAUUAUUGUCAUUAUGAUCAUGAUUAUUAUUAUUAUUAUUAUUAUAUAGGCGAUAAAGCAAGAAUAACGAUAGCGAUGCGUGAGAGAGAGAGAGAGUGUAACGAUAAUAAUCGAAGCGAAAAACGAUGGAAAAUGAGCAACAAAAAAAAUGAAGAAGACGACGAAAAGCAUCUCGUAGAACACAGAGCGGCACCUCUCUCCCUCUAUAGACUGUACUACCGCGCGAAAAUAAAGAGCGAGAGAGAAAAAAAAAAUACCGAAAAAGGCUGGUAAAAGACGCGACGCCGAUUGGAAAAACGCGCUGCUGCUGUGUGCUGGUUAUCAUUGCCGUUAAUUGGGCCAGGCGUUUUUUUCGUCGCGUCGCCGUCGCCAAUUAACGGCUGACUCUGAAAAAAAAGAGCGAAAUAAGGACUCGAGGCUGCCGCUGCUGUACGCGGAAAAAAACCUCGAGUCUGUAUAUACAGUUUCUUGCCACUACACGCUAUAAUAACCCUCGCGUAUGUACAUGUGUGUGCGUGUAAUCGUCGAGUGCAUUGUCUCGCUCGGAUUUCGCGGUGUGUACAGCGGAGAACGUAUGCACAGGCUGCUAAUGCUACUUUUGCCUAUAUUUUUAGUAAUUUAUUCUCGCGCGACUAUACGACACUACGUAUAUUGUUAUGUAUAUAUAUAUAUAUAUAUAUAUGUAUAUUUUACUUGUAUUUAUUGCAGUCGCGGCGAGAUAAUGCACUCUAUGCGUGUGCGCGAGCAUGAGAGACGCGAUGAGUGUGUAAUCGAAGAAAAAAAAAAAAGACUAUAAAAUGCACACUUGCGCCGCGCGCUGACGCAGAGGAUGAAAAACGCGUCAAUUGCGAAAACACACACACACACACACACACACAGAGAGAGAGAGACGCAGAGGCUGUAUUUGUACAAUCGUCGUCGCUACUUUUUCCAGCAGCGAAAAUUCGUUCGGCUCUAGUGUGUAUUAUGCGGGAGGGAAACCCAUGUGAAAUGUAAUGUAUAACUCGUACGAGGGGCCGCGAAAUCUAUAAAAAGGAGAGAAAAAAGGUGGAAAAAAAAAUUAGGCUGCGCCGACUCGCGUGCGCAGUGUGUACUGUACAUACCAAUAGCGGCUCGUAUAUAUAUAUAUAUAUAUAUAUAUAUAUAUAUAUCUCGCGAAAUGAAAAACGACGUAUAAACACACACACACACACACAGACACGUAUAUCACAUAGAGAGAAAAAAAAAACUGUACUCGUAAGCCUGCGAUAUCCGUAUAGCGAAGAGAACCAGAAACGCGAAGGAGUUUCUGCGCGCGUGCGUGCAGCGCAAGAGCGACGCGAGGAGAGUUGAAAAAAUUAUUUCUUCUUAUUAUUAUCGUUUCGUACGCAUUGAUGUGCGACCGCGUGAGAAAAGCAGCGGCGAAAGUUUUAUUUUUCGGCUGUGUGCCAUCCGGGUCAGGAGUUUCCUUCGCGCUUCGGCUAAUUAGGCCGUAUAGACAUACGUUUCGAUUUUAUUAUUCCUCUAUAGAAGACUGAUUUCUCGCGCGCGUGUGUGUUGAAUCGAGCCGCUGCUUUUCGACUGUAAAAACGAGAGUCACACACGUAUACAGCGAGAGAGAGAGAGCAAUAUAGAGGCAAGGAAAUUCGCGUUAUUAACGUCUGCGCUUCGGCGGCACGUUUAUACAGGGGGAGAGAGAGAGAGAGCACAUAGCGCGGCCGCGAUUGGUUUUCUCCGAGCCGUGCGAUCAUAAUCGAAUUCGACGUAGUCACGGGCAUCCUUUUUGCGCCCGUUGACUUUUCUCCUCCUUCUCCUCCCCCUCCUCCUCGCGUGUGUGUGUAUACAUAUAUAUAUAUAUAUAUACGUCUAUACGUGAGCGGACGAUAUCGAUCGUUGCUGCACCGCUCUUGCGUUACACGCCGAUACGUACUAUGCUAUUCUCGUUAUUUUAUUUUAAAUAUUUCAUUUUAUUAUUAUUCCGUUCUUCUCGAUGUACAUACGACGACGAUCACUAUAUACGAUAUGACGAUGCGACGACGAUGAUGAUAACGAUGAUGAUGAUGAAACGUACUGCUGCGAAGGAGAGUCUUCCGGACACGGACUUUCCGGAGAGUAACGAAGAGCGAUCUCGAGGAGAUAUCAAAAGAGAGAGAAAAAAAAAAUGAAUCAAGCGUCGACACACUGAUGAUGAUGAUGAUGAUGAUGAUGAUGAUCCACACGACUAGGGAUUGCGAUUAUUUUUAAACAACAACAAAUGUAAGGGAUAAGACUGUAACGAUGUAUAUAUUGUUCUGAACCUGAAUAAAUAUUAUUAUUAUUGUUAAAA